UCCUCCUAUUCUGGGGGCCACUAUACGCAAGAAUAACCGGCGUAAAGUCCACAGGCUAGAUGAGUUUGCAUUGACUGAGUGUUGGAACCUUACCUUACUCUGGGCUCCACUCGAUUCUCUCAAGAGCAUAUUAUCUGGGACAAAUACGUUCAUUUGACGCCGAGACAUGCAUCCAGCUACUGCAAAGUGGUAUGACCGCAGAGACUCUGUUUUUAUAGAGUUUUAUGUUGCUGACAGCAAAGAUGUUAAGGUCAAUUUUGCCAAAACAAAAUGUGCAUUCAGCUGCCUUGCUGCAACUGACCAUGUCAAACAUGAGAACGAAAUAGAACUUUUUGAAGCCAUUGAUGAAAAUGAAUGCAAACACAAACGCACAGACCGAUCAGUGUUGUGCUGUCUCCGAAAAGCAGAACCAGGGAAGGCAUGGCCAAGGCUAACAAAAGACAAGCCAAAGCCAAGUUGGCUCAGUGUUGACUUCAACAAUUGGAAGGACUGGGAGGAAGAAUCUGAUGAGGAUAUUGGCCAAAUGGAUCAAUUCUCCGACAUGAUGAACAGCAUGGGAGGUGUCGACGACCCCGCUGAUCUAGAUGAUGAAGACGAUUCCGCAGAUAGCGAUGAUGAAAAAAUGCCGGACUUGGAAUAAAGAGACACUUGUUUGAAACUGAAGACCAGAGUCCAAGUGAAAUCAAAAUAAAUGUUUUAUCUUGAAAUCAAAGUCGGUGACAAACAACUGUACAUAUGAGUCGGUAGCCAUAUUUAAAUCCAUAACCUGAGCUCCAAACUGAUCAGUCCACUGAAGGGUGAUGUGCAUGGCAUUGUACUGUACAGCGCUAUCUCUACUUCCUUUUGCUGUACUGCACCUUCUGGAUAUAUUGUUUUACUGUUAAUACCAAGCACACAUUAUUUUACCAAAAGCUGUAAUUGUGCCCAAUAUAUGGAGCGAUUUGUGUUCAAAAGCACCAUCUUUCAUAUAAAUUGUGCAUUGAGGUGAUAUGGCACUCUUUUUUUCCAGAUAUUGUGUUAGUGAAAUUGUAGUUUAUCCUGAUGGAAUACAUUUCUAGCUAUGUGUACAAGGGAAUUGGUUGCAUUUGCUGAUUGGGUUCCGACUAAAACACUUCCACGUGCUUUUGAAUUUUGAUAUCCAGCGAGUCAGUUUCAAGUGUUUUCCUUUUCACUUUUUGCUUUUUGUCUUUAAAUUGGGAAAUUCUGAGAAUCAUCCGACGGAAACUGUUUCUUCCCCUCCGGUUGCCACCUCUUGCAGUUGUCCCCAUACAUGAAGAAUCUUGACUGUUGUUGCUUUGUACCCGUGUGAUGUGCACGCUCGGAUCGCAUAAUUGGUGGGUUUGCAGUGAGGUUUGAAGUUCAAAUCCUCUUUGAAUGUCCCACUCUUCUCCUCUUGAGAUCUUUCCGUUCUUUCAUCAGUAAUGGGACUUGGAUCGAUGUGGCAGUGUUUGGUGACCAAAUUGUAAUUGCACUGUCAAAAAAAAACACAUGGGGAAAAAUUCUUUUUUUUAUUGUCUCCAUCUUUCUAAUAAACUGUUUAAGACUUA